AUGUGUCAUCCUCGGUGGUGUGGUCGAGCCACCGAAGAAGAAAGACGAGGUGUCAUUCGGUCGUCAGCUGCAGUGGCUACUGCUGUAGUGGCAACACCACCCCCGCCACCCCCUCACCCUUUCCCCCCCCACCACAGUAGUGGCGGUAGAGAGAGAGAGGAGGUGGCUAAUGGUGCAGCUGUGAUGCCCUCCCCAACCACACCCUCGACCUCCCCCCACCCCCGCUCACCGCAGCAAGGGCAGCAAGGAGAGAAGGUAGAGAGACGGUUGCUGACUGGUCACACCCGCCGCCCCCUCAUCCCCCUACACCCCCCCCCCCUCCCUCCCCACCCCCACCCCCAUUGUUCCACGAGCAGCAGGGAGAGGGAGGACAGGUGGGCGGCAUCGCAGCGGCGUGGCGCAACAGCGGAGGGGCGUCAGCAGGCAGGAGCGUCAGCCACCCCCGCUACCUCCUCCCACUGCGGAAGUCCCGGCGGAAGCUGA